GCUUGGAAGCUCCACACGAGAUAGAUAAGCCUUCCAGAUCAUACGGAACUAAGCUGCCACUUCACUAGCUAGCUCCUAGAACACUUGAUCACAGAAAAGAAGUUCAGACCAGAAGAUGCAGGCCGCCGCUACUGCUGUCGGGUUCUCGGCCGUGCUGCCCGUCAAGGGCAGGCCGGUGGCGAGGAGCACGGCGGUGGCUGCUGUCCCGGCAGCGAGGAGGAGCCUUCGUGCCUCUGCGGCUGCCGUCGUCGCGUCGGAGCCUGUCGAGGUCGACUACAGCUCAAGCUCCUCGGUGUUCCCCAUGGAGGCCUGCGAGCUGCUCGGCGGGGAUGCGUGCAGCGUGCAGAUGUUCCCGGAGACUAAGCUCGCCGAUGCGGCGGCCGUGGACGCAAGCAGGAGGGAGGAGGUGGAGAGAGACUACCUCUCCUACGACGAGCCGAAAACGGUGUUCCCGGGCGAGGCCUGCGACGACCUGGGCGGGGAGUUCUGCGAGGCGCCGUACCAGGCCGGCGUCUCCAGGGAACUGGCCCAUUGACGAAUCUCUCUCGGAAUGGAAGCAGCGGAUGAUCCAUCCAUGCUAUGUACGUAUGUAGCAGCAGAUACAUACAUACAUACAUAUAUAUAUAUUCGUAAUGGUAUCUACGAAUAUAUAUAUGUAGCAGCCCAUGCUAUGUACGUAUGUAGCAGCAGAUAUAUAUAUAUAUACACACGUCUUGGGUUGUGUCA